GUAGCCUCCAGAAACCCAACCUUCUGGUUCUCUGUCCUGCCCCUGAAGGAAGUUUGCCAGCCUGGAUUGGUUUCCAGGACACAGGCUCCUCCUCAGGCUCUAUCUGGGCCUCUCUCUGCCCUUCCCUGUGAGUGGGUCACUCCACAAGGAGACCCCACAAAGGCAAGAAAACAUCCUAUAGGACAGCCAGGACAUGCCACCUAAGACCAAAGAAAAAGGUAGGAAAUCUGGGACACAGAAGAAGAAAAAGAACUUGAGUGUUGAUGUGGAGGCCGAGGCCAAGCACAGACUAAUGGUGCUGGAGAAGGAGCUGCUCCUGGACCACUUGGCUCUGCGGAGGGAUGAGUCCCGUAGAGCCAAGGCUUCCGAAGAGCUGCUGAAGCAGAAGUUGCAAGGGUUAGAGGCAGAACUCAAAGAGGCCCGAAGUGAAGAGAAGGCUAUAUAUGCAGCAUCAUCACAAGAAAAAUUAAGAAGGUCCUUAUGCUCCGGCCUCUCUGGACUAAGUAAAGUCUUCUCCAUCUACAACUUUCCUUUCUCCAUGUCUCCAUGCCUACACGACUUCCUGGCUACCCACUACCCCUGCUUCAGAGAUGAGCCGCCAGCACCAGGCCCUGAAGGAGAAGUUGGAAACCCGCAGCAAUCAGCUGGAAGAGGAAGUAAGGAGUCUUCGGGAGCAGCUAGAAAUGUGCCAGAAGGAGGCUAAGGCUGAAAGGGAAGAGGCUGAGCAAGCCCUCAGAGAGCGGGACCAGACCCUGACUCAGCUUAGGGCCCAGGUGGUGGACAUGGAGGCCAAGUACCAGGAAAUCUUACAUGUAAGCACUUCCCUCCAGAGCCCAGCUGCUCUAGUACCCCAGCACUCCUCCAUCCUCACAGCCCACAGCUAGUGUGAUGACUAAUAACCCAAGGGAAAGGAGAAGUGUCCCCAAGGAACACUGCUCUAUCCUCAAGUUGGACAGAGUGCAUUCAGCUGUGCCUACCAGUGCAGAGUAAGAAAUCCUUGCAAGCAAGGAAAGCUUACAAACCAACCUGGGGCAACCCUUAUCUCCAUCCUCUCUUCUUGGGAGCUGAAAGCCUGGUGUCUGCAGGGCAGCCUGGACCAGCUCUUGGCCAAACUGAGAGCUGUUAAGCCUCACUGGGAUGGGGCCGUGCUGAGACUCCAUGCCAAGCACAAGGAGCAGCUGCGCCAAUUUGGCCUCAACCCUCU